AUGGCUGACGACGGAGCAGCCGCCGGCGUAGACCCCUCUCCUUCCUCUCCCCCUAUCCAUCCGGCGGCACCGGACAACCCGCCCAUCGAUGCCGCAUCCUUCACCCACACCCCGUACUACUGUGAAGAAAAUGUGUACUUGCUAUGUAAGGAACUGAUUAGAGCUGGACUUGCUGAUCCUGCGGGCAAUGACCUUUAUGCUGUUUUCAUAUCAAAUGAGGAAAAGAAGAUUCCCCUCUGGUAUCAGAAAGCAAGUCGUACUAAUGAUGGAUUUGUCUUGUGGGAUUACCAUGUAAUCUGUAUCCAGUCUAGGCGAAACAAAGGAGAUGUUCUUGAUCUUGUUUGGGAUUUGGACUCCAGUCUUCCUUUCCCUUCUCCAUUCCUCCAGUACGUUGCUGAUGCCAUUCAACCACUAGCAUUUGGCGACUCCAUCUAUGCAAGACUUUUCCGUGUAGUUCAUGGUCCGGUAUUUCUUCGAUCAUUUGCAUCAGACAGAAGUCACAUGAAGGACCCCGUGGGGAAUUGGAUUGAGUUACCCCCAAAAUAUGAACCAAUUGUUGCGGAAGAUGGAAGCACAAAUAACCUGAAUGAGUACAUUGCCAUGACUAAUAAUGAUGUCGGAGACCUGGAAAGCAUGGUUAAUGAUGUCUACCACAAGAAACAUGGAGUGGUGAUAAACGAAACGUUGCUCCCCAUGUUCUUCUCCCGGUUGCCUGAAUGGCAUCCUUAA